AUGGACUCCCUCAAGACGCUUCUCGUUGCCAACAGGGGCGAAAUCGCUGUCAGGAUCGUGAAAACUGCAAAGAAGCUGAAUAUUCGUACUAUUGCAAUCUACACAGAGCCGGACGCUUCUUCUAUUCACGUGCACCAGGCGGAUGAAGCUGUCCUACUUCACGGAUCACCCUCUCAAGCAUACAUUGACGGAGAGCAAAUCAUUCAGGUUGCUACGCAACAUAAAGUGGACGCCAUCAUCCCAGGAUAUGGAUUCCUGUCUGAGAAUGCAGAUUUCGCAAGAGCUGUUGCGACAGCUGGCAUGGUCUUUGUUGGCCCUUCUCCAGAGAGCAUCGAAGCUUUCGGUCUCAAACAUACUGCACGAGACCUUGCAACGAAAGCCGGCGCUCCCAUUGUGCCGGGAUCACCUGGCUUAGUCAAAAGUGAAGAGGAGGCCGUUACACUGGCAAAGGCAUUAGGCUUCCCAGUCAUGCUAAAAGCUACUGCAGGUGGUGGUGGAAUGGGCCUGCUUACAUGCAGCUCUGAGGCAGAGGUGCGCAAGGCGUUUGCCACAGUAAAGUCUCGUGGUGAAGCCCUAUUCAAGAACGCAGGCUUGUUUAUUGAGCGUUAUUACCCGUCCAGCCAUCACAUCGAAGUCCAGGUAUUUGGUAACGGGAAUGGUAAGGCGAUUUACAUAGGCGAACGAGAAUGUUCGAUACAGAGACGGCAUCAGAAAGUGAUUGAAGAAUGCCCAAGCCCAUUGGUUUCAAGAAACCCAGGAUUGCGCAAAGCCUUGGGCGAAGCUGCCGUGCGCCUAGCUGAGUCGAUAAAUUAUGGAUCAGCUGGCACAAUUGAGUAUCUUGUUGAUGAUGAAACCGGCGCAUUCUUUUUCCUCGAGAUGAAUACUCGUCUCCAGGUCGAACAUGGCAUAACGGAACUCUGCUAUGGCCUUGACCUGGUAGAGCUCAUGUUGAAACAAGCAGAUGCUCAGCUCUCAGGUAGCAAAGGCAUAGAGGCAUCGUUUCUCGCCAGUCUCCCCAUAGAAAACCCCUCUGGUGCGGCUAUUGAAGCCCGAGUGUAUGCCGAGAACCCCAUCAGAGAUUUUGCUCCUUCUCCGGGGACUCUGCAAAGUGUGGAGUGGAAGGAAAUACCAGGGUCAAGGAUCGAUACAUGGGUUUAUAGGGGCAUAAAGGUAUCUGCUAAUUAUGACCCGCUUCUCGCAAAGGUCAUGUACCACUCUCCCGACAGACAACAGACGAUUGCGGGAUUGAGAGAUAUGUUGAAGGAGUCGCGCAUCUGUGGGCCUCCCACCAAUCUCGAGUUUCUAGCUAAGAUCUUGGACAGCGAGGAAUUCGCUGCGGGAAACACUUUGACCAGAUUUUUGGACACUUUUCAAUUCGCUCCAUGCGCGAUCGAUGUCAUUUCUGGUGGCUCUUAUACGCUCAUCGAGGAUUGGCCUGGCCGUCCAGCCCUAGGGAAAGGGUUCUGUCACUCUGGACCCAUGGACCCGCUUGCGUUUCGCGUUGCAAAUGCACUUGUCGGUAAUCCUAUCGGCCGUGAGGGUCUUGAGAUCACCCUGAGCGGCCCAGACCUGCGAUUCUUAGGGCCAGCAAUUGUUUCACUUUGCGGAGCACCUAUCGAAGCCAAGCUUGACGGCAAGCCUAUUCGCAUGUGGUCGAGAGUGAAAGUCGACGCUGGCCAGCGUUUGACAAUCGGUAGGACAACAGGAAACGGCUGCAGGACUUAUCUCGCUGUCUUUGGUGGCUUUUUAAAUGUCGCAGAAUGGUUCGGAUCCAAGUCUACUUCACCAAUGGUAGGAGUUGGAGGCUAUCAAGGUCGGCAGCUUUCCUCGGGAGACCUUCUCACAAUCACAAGUGAUGUCCCGGAUCUUAUUGGCGACAUUUUGAUCCCGGAACAUCUCAUACCCAAAUAUCCCAGUGAUUGGGAGCUCCUGGCCAUUCCCGGACCCUAUGACGAAGGUUUCCUUACACCCGAAAGCAUUGAUGUGCUAUUCGAUACUCAAUGGAAAAUCUCGCAUAAUGCAGCAAGAGGCGGCAUUCGUCUCAUCGGACCGAAACCCACCUGGGCUCGCUCGGACGGAGGCGAGGGCGGUGCUCAUCCUUCAAACUUGAUCGAAUACGGUUAUGCUAUAGGGUCGCUGAACUGGACAGGCGAUGACCCCGUCAUCUUUCCACAAGAUGCCCCGGACUUUGGUGGGUUUGUAAGUAGCCAUACAAUUGUGAAAGCAGACUUGUGGAAGCUAGGACAAGUAAAAGCGGGUGAUACGCUCAAGUAUAGAGCUGUUGCAUUGGCCGAUGCGUUGGAUGCUCGCAGAGACAUGGAGAGGUUUGUCGAUGAGCUUGUGAACGCCUGCAAGCAAGGUCAGGGCUUCGGUUAUGUGGUACCAUUGCAACACAUGCCGCCAGAGCAGACAGCAAAAACACGCGGCAAAGGCAUUGUGCAUCAGAUCCAGGAGGAUGGGAAUCAGCCUUUCGUGUCUUACAGACAGGCAGGAGACGAUUAUCUUCUGGUCGAUUAUGGACACGGGUCUUUUGACUUGAAUCAUCGUUGUAGAAUCACUGCCUUGAAGAAGGCUCUGAAUGAAGAAAAGCGGGACAGGGACUCGUUGUCAAACGGGCUGAUAGGCAUGGUUGGCUGUGGAAACUCACUCAUGCUCUACUAUGACGGCUUGAAAGUUCCCCAAGGAAAGCUCAUCGACUAUCUUUGUGACCUGGAGAACAGGCUCGGAGAUCUUAGCCAAGCGAAGAUGCCCAGUCGCCUAUUCAAGCUUCCUCUCACAUUCGAGAGCCAGAGACAAAAGGAUGCUAUGCAGCGCUACAUGGAAACGCAGCGUCCGUAUGCAUCAUAUCUUCCAGAUAACAUGGACUUCGUGGCUAAAAAUAACGCUUUGAAAAUGGAAGAAUUGAAAAAUAUUUAUCUUACGGCCAAGCUAAUGGUCGUUUCGGUCGGAUUUUUCAUGGCGCUCCCACUCGCCCUGCCUGUGGAUCCUCGACACCGUAUGAAUUGUCCAAAGAUGAAUCCCAGCAGAGUUUAUACUCCUGCAGGCUCGGUUUCAUGGGGUGGAAGCUGCAUGGCGUUGUACAACGUCGACUCGCCGGGAGGAUACCAAAUGACAGGAAUGACCAUCCCCGGCGUAGAUAUCCUAGGUUCGAAGAAAGGCUACAGCGCCGAUCGACCAUGGCUUUUCGAGGAAUUUGACCAGAUCACCUUCUAUCAGGUCUCUGAGGCAGAGUACGAAAAACAACUCGCCUUGUUCAAUAGCGGCAAGUACGAACAUCAGUGGGAGGAGGUAAUCUUCGACAUGGCGGAGCACAACCGUCUCCUGAACGAUACUCGCGACGAAGUAGCAGCCAUCCGAGCGCGCCAGCGUCAGGCACAGGCAGAGAUGGAUAAGUUCGAAGCACAGCUUCUCGAACGGUGGGCAACAGAAAAAGCAGAGAAGUGGGUAUCGCAGGAUGCGAUUGAGGACUUGCUUCAAGACCCCGAGAUCAUAGCCAUCGAAGCACCCCUAAACGCCAAUGUAUGGAAAGUCGAGGUCAAGCAAGCCGAAAAGCUAGAGGAGGGUCGGGUCGUGGUUAUCCUAGAAGCCAUGAAACUCGAAAUCGCUGUGCGGGUCGAGUCCUCUGCCGCCGGUACGACUGUCGAAAAGGUCCUGGUUCAGCCGGGUGGUCCAAUUGAAGCUGGUAAACCAUUGAUGCUGGUGAGGAAAGCGGCUUGCGCUGAUGGGUACUGUCUUGAAAAACGACCUCAGUGA